GAAUAGCCCUCGGCUUUGGCCUGAACGCAAUUAGUCCUGCCACUCCUCUCGGUUGCCCAGUUCUGGAAACUGCUCUCCGGCUGCGGAGAAUGGCAAAACCACAGGCGAACCGAAGCACCUAGCCGGAAACUACUGCGAAUUAUCGACCAAACAGAAAGGCGACACACGUGAGUGACGUGGCAACGUCAAAGUGCCAACAUGCGAAUCACGGUUCCGCAAUCCGCACGGUUGGAAUCCGAAUUCCAAAGCAGUCGUCUGUGCGGAGGAAGCGGCGAGGAGCGACCAGGAGCUGCCCGGGAUUAGCAGAUAGAGAUCGACCUCCAGCGCCCAGACUUCGCACGCGACUUCACCGUCUUGGGUGAACGCUCCACUCGAGAAAAGUGAAAGGCCAGGAGGCGUUGGCUAAUUGAAUUUCUAUUUUUGAUCCUGCCCAAGGAGCGGAGCCCCCAAGAAAAGGGGCGUGGAUGGGUUGAGGCGGCGGAAUGGGCGACUCAGGUAAGCGAAAUGGUCAUAGAUGCCCGCGAUAGGAACGUUCGGGGAAUCCCCCAGCAAAUCAAUCGAAAAUACACUACAGUUUAUGGAGAUGUGAUUAGAAAAACAUACCAGUGAAAUAUGUGAAUUAAUAACUAUCAAGAAUUAUAGCCACCAGAAAUAGGGAAUAUUGAUGUUAACCUCAUUGUAAUACUCUCUAUACGUAAUAUAUAUUUAAAAUCCAUUCCGCAUCUCGAGCAGAGAGUACAACACCCACGGUUAGGGUAUAAAUGAAGCUAUUUAAAGACCUUUCAAGCCUCGAGACAUUCACCUCCGGCUUUCAACUCGGGAUUGCUUUGGUUUUCGCUUGAGUUUGGGGUUUGGGGCUUGGGGGCCGACGCAACCGCGAGGCGACUAUUCAAUUUUAGACAUUUGACGACUUGAGUUGCUCGAGGCUCAAGCCAAAAGGCGUUGGCAGGUGCAGCGAUUGCAAUGGAAACUUGCGGCACGCAUAUGUGGCACAAGGAAAGGUACGGCGGGAUGAGGAUGCCUUGAUUCAAAGAUAGCAGCCGGGUGGCAUCAGAAGGAGGAGGAGGAGAAGGAGGAGAAGGAGGAGGCCCAUUGGGCCAAGAAAGUUAUGACAGGCCGGGCAGAGGCCAAAGCCUCGAGGGAUUAGGGCCACUGCACUUCACGCGGCUUGGCUUGGUUGCAUUAGAAGAACCUAGAUUUUCGCCAGAGAAAGACGCAUCCGCGGAACAGAGUCAUCAUGUUGGGAAUAGCCUGCGAUCCGCUCCAGCAUACGAGCAUGUACGAGCGCGGAUCAGAUGAUAGCGAAGACAGCGAUGGAGAAGGCGGUUUGGGCAACGUUUCCCGCGUUAUCAUCCGUCCGCCGGGUCAAAGUGGCAAAGCCAAGCGAGGUCACCUCUGCUUUGAUGCGGCCUUCGAAACGGGAAACCUGGGAAAAGCGGAGCUGGUGGGCGAGUUCGAGUACGAUUUGUUCCUCAGACCGGACACAUGUAAUCCGCGCUUUCGCUUCUGGUUUAACUUCACCGUGGACAACGUGAAGCAGGAUCAGCGAGUGCUCUUCCACAUUGUGAACAUCAGCAAGAGCAGGAAUCUCUUCUCCUCGGGACUGACGCCCCUGGUCAAGAGUUCCAGUCGACCCAAGUGGCAGAGGCUGUCCAAGCGGCAGGUGUUCUUCUACCGAUCGGCCAUGCACCAGGGUCACUACGUCCUGAGCUUCGCCUUCAUCUUCGACAAGGAGGAGGAUGUGUACCAGUUCGCCUUGGCCUGGCCUUAUAGCUAUUCGCGUUUGCAGUCCUAUUUGAAUGUGAUUGAUGCCCGGCAAGGAUCGGAUAAGCGGUUCACCCGCUGUGUGCUUGUCAAGUCGCUGCAAAAUCGCAAUGUGGACCUGCUGACCAUCGACCAUGUGACAGCCAAACAGCGCUCCACCAACCGCUUGGAUCGCAGCUUCAUCCGGGUGAUUGUAGUCCUCUGCAGGACGCACUCCAGCGAGGCUCCAGCUUCCCAUGUGUGCCAGGGUCUCAUCGAGUUUCUCGUUGGAAAUCAUUCCAUCGCCGCCGUCUUGCGGGAUAACUUUGUCUUCAAAAUCGUGCCCAUGGUGAAUCCGGAUGGCGUGUUUCUGGGCAACAAUCGCUGCAAUCUGAUGGGGCAGGACAUGAAUCGCAACUGGCACAUAGGAUCCGAGUUCACGCAGCCGGAAUUGCACGCGGUGAAGGGCAUGCUGAAGGAGUUGGAUAAUUCCGAUACCUAUCAGAUAGACUUUGUCAUCGAUCUGCACGCGAAUAGCAGCAUGCACGGCUGCUUCAUCUACGGGAACACCUACGAGGAUGUCUACAGGUAUGAGCGGCACCUGGUAUUCCCGCGGCUCUUCGCCAACAACGCCCAGGACUACGUGGCGGAUCACACGAUGUUCAAUGCGGACGAACGCAAGGCGGGCAGCAUGCGGAGAUUCAGCUGCGAGAGACUCAGUGACACGGUGAAUGCCUACACAUUGGAGGUCUCCAUGGCCGGUCACUACCUCAAGGAUGGCAAGACCAUCUCCCUGUACAACGAAGAUGGCUAUUACCGCGUGGGCAGGAAUCUGGCCAGGACUCUGCUGCAGUACUACCGCUUCAUCAACAUCCUGCCCAUGCCGAUUGUGACCGAGGUCAGGAGCAAAAGGCGGGGGCGAAACCGCCACGCCCACCACUCCCGAUCCCGCUCGAAAACCCGCUACGAGGUGAAGCCACGCCCAAAGACGCCCCGUUGCCACGCCCCUAUUGCCUACACCAACCUAAGCAUAUGCUACGAUUCGGGCGGCGGCGGCGGAUCCUCGGACGAGGGCGGAUUCUCGCCCGUGCGUCCCUUGGCCCCUGGAAGCAGUUGCUUCAGUGGCUAUCGAAACUACCGGCGCGCUGCCACAGCAAGUUGCUCCGCACACCCCGGCCACGAUCACUACUCCCCCUUCGCACUGGGAGCCCUGAAAACGGGCAGCGACCACGGCGGAGCAGUGGGUGGCUCCAAGGGCUCCAAGCGGUCAGCAGCGGUCACCAUCGAGGUGCCCCUGCCUGUGAAUGUGCCGCCCAAACCAUAUCUGUCCAUCAUCGACUUGAAUCAACUGACCAGGGGAAGCCUCAAGCUAAAGUCCAACAGCUUCGACGCCGCGGACAGGAGAUAGGAUUGGUGAUAUGGCGUGGAUCAGGGUGACCUUGGACGUUAGGAAUCCGAAGGAAGUGAGCAGUUGUUUUAGGUAUAAUCAAGAUCAAGUCUUUUCUACGCUUCUUGCUUGUUUUUCUAAAUAAAAGGUUGAAACUAUGAAUUCAAAAAUAUUCAGCUUUUACUCUUAAUUAUUUUCGAUGUUUUAAUAAAUAACAGAGAAUGAAUAUUCAGCUGUUUUAUCAAGGAAGUAAUGCUGAAACAAGUAGUUCAAUUGUUUCUGAUAACUUUGCUUUAGAAUGCUUUAGAAGCAUCCUCAUAGAACUAGGAUUUCUAUGGAUAUAACUCCCAUCAUAAUGGGUGACUCCACCCCUUUCUCUUUCGUCCUUGUUCUAAACAAACAGUUAUGCGAGCACUUUCCACUCGGAAGAGCGAAGGGCAACAAGUCGCGCAAUUGAGUGGCUUUUCGAGUGGGUUGGCUUAUCGCCCCAGCACUGCAUUGUUGUUGUUUGGUGCUCUUAAUUUGGCUCGCAACCAGAAAGUACAAAAUAAAAGGCAGUUCACUCAAUUGGCGACAUGUGAGCUUUUAUCACACCAUCUAGAUGCGGUUAUUUACAGUAAUUCACGGCGAACAAAGAACAGUAGCAACUCAGUAAGUGUAAAUUUCACUCGCAGCGCACGUGAGUGUGGGUAAAAUGGCCCUAAACAUCGCUCAUCAGUAAUUAGACGGAUUAGCUGUCACUUUUAUCUUAUCUUUUAUCAAACACGAUAUUGCUAUAACCUCUCAGGGAUAUGGAAAUGC